GAGCUGAAAACCUGAAACUACCCACCAAGUUGCCUUACAAACCACGCUUCUCUCUCUCUUUCCCCCAAAAUCCAGUAUUUAUGGGGCUCUGUUCCUCACAACACUCUCUCUUUUCCUAACAGCCUCAAUCUCUGAGUGAGAAGCUUUUUGGUUUUUAUAUCUUUUCUUUCUAACAAUAUUGACACCAUUUGACAGUUAGCUUCCUCUGUUUUCCCCUGAUUGUUAUAGAAAUUUGGGUUUUAGAGAGGAUUUUGAAGGAAUGGAAAAGGCUCCUGACCAGAGUAGGGAUGAUGAGAUGAUGGAACUGCCUCCUGGGUUCCGAUUCCAUCCUACAGAUGAGGAGCUCAUCACUCACUACCUGUCCCAAAAGGUUCUGAAUAGCGGUUUCUGCGCUGUAGCCAUCGGAGAGGUGGAUUUGAACAAGUGUGAACCCUGGGAUUUGCCAUGGAAAGCAAAAAUGGGUGAGAAAGAAUGGUACUUCUUCUGUGUUAGAGACAGAAAAUAUCCCACUGGUUUGAGGACAAACAGGGCAACCGAUGCCGGUUAUUGGAAGGCCACAGGCAAAGAUAAGGAGAUUUACAAGAUGAAAACAUUGGUGGGGAUGAAGAAAACCUUGGUUUUCUACAAAGGAAGAGCCCCUAAAGGUGAAAAGACCAACUGGGUCAUGCAUGAAUACAGAUUAGAAGGGAAACAUUCCAUGUACAAUCUCCCUAAAACAACCAAGAAUGAGUGGGUGAUCUGUAGGGUCUUCCAGAAGAGCUCAGGUGGGAAGAAAACACAUAUUUCUGGGCUGGUGAGAAUGGACCCUUACGGCGAUGAAUUACGCUCUUCUUCACAGCUGCCUCCAUUGACAGACUCUUCUCCGUUCAGCAGCGAAACGAGAACGGUCGGUGACUCCUCUCACGUGACCUGCUUCUCCAACCAAAUGGAGGACAGAAAGCCCCAGGAGGACAUGAUUGACAGCUUCAACAACCCUCUCUUAGCUGCCUCUUCUUCCUCCUCAAACCCCUCUGAUAUCUCCCCGGCUUCACUGCUUUUCUCCAAAUUCCCCUUCGCAAACUCAUUCCACACUCCCCAAAUUCCACCAAACCUUGGAAACUGUCAAUUUCCAGACUCCUUUCUCAUCCCUGACCAAUCCAUACUGAGGAUUCUCCUUGAAAACCAGGGAUCCGACAUGAAACCAUCCUCGAAAGCAGAGUUCUCUCAGGAAACAGGGCUGAGUACUGAUAUCAACACUGAUAUCUCUUCAGUUGUAUCAACCCAUGAAAUGGUUCAGAGGUCUUUCGAAGAUCAAAAUGAUCCAUCCACUUCAGCCGGGCCUGUAGACAUUGAUUGCCUCUGGAAUUACUGAAGCUGAAUGAUAAGAAUUAUGGAAUCAAGAAGAAGAAGAAGAAGAAGAAGAAGAAGAAGAAGCAGAACAGCAUGGUCUAUAGAAUUAUAGAAGUCAAAAAAAAAAAGAUGAAAAAUUCAGAGAUUAUCACUGCUUUUUUAUUGUUCGUGUGUGUAUAGAUUUUUCUGAAUCUAAAUUAUAUAAAAAAUCUUAGGAAUAUCCAUGUAUUAUAAUCUCUCUUUCACUUUAAUAUUUUUUCUGUUUAGUUAAUGAAGGAAUGAGAGUUAAGGUUCA